AUGGCGACCAGGCGAAUUCUGGUGAUCGCUGGUUCGGACAGCUCUGGUGGAGCAGGUCUGGAAGCAGACCAGAAGGUCAUCGCCGCUCAUGGAUGCUAUGCCAUGACCUCUACGACCGCCCUGACGGCUCAGAAUACUCAAGGGGUCCGUGGAAUCCACGAAACGCCCUCCGAGUUUGUGAAGAAGCAGAUUGAUGCGUGUAUUGAGGAUGUUGGCGUUGACGUUGUCAAAACCGGCAUGCUUGCAUCUGCGGCUACGAUUGAAGUGGUUGCAGAUGCACUUAGCAGACAUCACGUGGCCGUAUCCGUAGUAGACCCAGUUAUGGUCUCUACAAGCGGCGCUCAGUUACUCCCCGAAGCAGCAGUGAAAACCCUCUGCGGAUCCUUGCUACCCUUGACCACCAUCCUCACGCCGAAUCUCCCGGAAGCGAAACUCUUGCUGCGCACAGCUGGUGUCGCCUUCAAAGAGGAACCAGAGAAUGUGCAAGACGUGAUCGACAUCGCUAAAGCGAUCCAGCAACUGGGCCCAACGUAUGUGCUUUUGAAGGGCGGCCAUCUGCCUUUGACAAAGGACAGGUUGACUUCAAAGAAGGAGGCAGACCGGGACAUUGUUCUGAACGUACUGUGUGGCAACGGAAAGAUCUUGCUUAUGGAGUCGAAGUACAUAGUGACGAAGAACACCCAUGGUACAGGAUGUUCAUUAGCAUCUGCUAUCGCUUGCAAUCUAGCCUCUGGAAUGGAUAUGGAGCAGGCUGUUAAGCUCGCCAACAGAUAUGUUGAGGCGGGGAUCAAACUAAGCAAAGACAUCGGGAAAGGAAGUGGUCCGAUAAAUCAUUUCCAUUCAACUUACAGUCUACCGUUUGCACCUGGCGGCUUCAUAGAGUAUCUGCUCGAGCGAGAUGACGUACGUGAGCCAUGGAAAGAACACACCGAGCAUGUGUUUGUGCAGCAGAUGGCGCAAGGAACCUUACCACUCGCGAUCUUCAAGCACUAUUUGAUUCAAGACUACCUCUUUCUGAUUCAUUUCUCGAGAGCAAAUGCCCUCGCGGCGUACAAAGCGAAGACUCUAGAGGACAUCAGCAGAUCUGCUAAAACUGUUAUGCAUAUACAAGAGGAGCUGAAGCUUCACUUGGAGUACUGCAAGGAAUUUGGCAUCGACAAGGAGGAGGUAGAACGGAAUGAAGAAAGCCAAGACACGUUUGACGUAGCGCAUAGAUAUGUGCUUGACAUCGGGCAGUCAGAAGAUUGGCUUGCACUCCAAGUCGCUCUCUUGCCGUGUUUGAUCGGUUACGGCAUGAUAGCAAAGCGACUAUACAAUGACCCCAAUACGACCCGAGAAGGAAACAUCUACUGGAAGUGGAUCGAGACGUAUGUCGCCGAUGACUACACAGAGGCGACGGUGAACGGAUCCGAACUUGUGGAGAAGCAUGCGGUAAGACAGUCGGCGAGUCGCAUCGACGAGCUGGCACAGAUCUUCAUUCAUGCUACCAAAAUGGAAGCUGGCUUCUGGGACAUGGGCGUGGCUGGUGCAUGA